GCUGUACCUAGUAGAGGUUUUCCCGGACAUCUGGCCGAAGUCGUCAACGGUUGAGCAGAUGAUUUCGCCUACCUGUCGAGAGCCCGCUGUCAACGGUUUGAGGCCGGGCCAGGCCUGGCCGUCCGAUGGGCCUGGCGUCCGGGGCCCUAGUAGAGUGGUAUCUGUGCGUGUUGUUCGUUGUCCCCGUCAGAAAGUUGAAAACGUAGCCUGUGGGACAUGAUUCGGGGAAAUUGGAUGGCCGUUACACUGAGCAGUGAUUUUCCCCUGUGCCAUUUGAUGGGCUUUGGGGGCAUCCGGAUCAUGCCGAAUGAUCAAAAGUCAUGGAGGUGGAAACUCUCCCCCCCCUUCAGUGGACAUGUACAUCGUACUUGUCAAUCUGCGGGCUCGGUAGCGUUGCCACUAGCCUAGGGAGGAGACGGUCGUCAUCAAAUUCCCCGGGCGGCGGAGCCCCCUUUGCUGAAGUACGAUGUACAUGUGCGGGAUAUCGGGUUGUUGGUCCACCACACGAGCCCGCUUCGGAAAGGCGCGUGUCGCGCUUGGGCGCCAUCAAGAGGAGGUACCGGUAUUCCCAACAUCCGGAGAACACGGACAGCGGGAACGAGAUUAGU